AUGUCGAAUUAUAGCAAUUACACGAAGAAUCAAAAUGAAGAUAAGAACAGGAGUUCUGCUAGCAGAUCCAGCGGAAAAAAUUGCCUAAUCAAAGGAACAUCACUAUGUUCAUUAAACUCCCUUAUUAAGGUUUCUGCAGUUACCCUCGUAAUUCUGGCCCUUCAAUACUCCCACAAAAAUGAGUGUGGUCCUAAUGGAAAAUGCCUAGUUAGCGGAUUAGAGUCAAGGAAUGCAAGGAACUUAUCUCAAAUGAACCCUAAUUUUGGAGGAUCAAGAGAUAAUUUACAUUUUCCUGGUGAAAAUAUGAAUGAAAGAAGAAACAACUACAACAAUGGUAAUUUUAAUAACCCAUGGGGAAGUUAUGAAAACCUGGAAUCACCAUCUCACUAUGAUAGUUAUUAUGGCAGAGAACCCUCAUAUAUGGGUGAAGAAAACAGGAAUGAAAUUAAUAUAAACCAGUUUAAUUCAGGACUAGGCCAAAAACUUAAGGAAAAUGCUAUAUAUAUUGUACCUGGUAUGAUAGCAAGUUAUUAUGCAUGGAAUAGUUUAGGAACACAGACAUUUUUAAUGGUAGCAGCUAUUAUAGGAGUACUGUUGUUUGCCAAGCAUAAUAACUCUAAUUAA